AUGAGAGAUCUUAAGGUACUUUUCAGAAAUCUCGGCGGCAAAGAUUACGAGAUUCUGCCAACACUGGUGACAUAUUGUGAGCAUCCGAAAACCGUUUCCAUGGUGGAUUUACACAAAGAAAUUAAUUUGAUGGAGAAAAUGAGCAAUGAGCUCUUCGAUGAUACGGUUGUAUUCUGUCACAAUGACUUGGCGUGUUCAAAUGUUCUGGAGUUGAAUUCAAACAAAGAGAUAGUGCUGAUCGAUUGGGAAUUCGGAACAUAUAAUUGUCGAGGAUUCGAUCUGGCGAUGCAUCUGUCUGAAACUGCCAUCGAUUUUCGAGAUCCAACUCCGCCAGGAAUCAAAAUAAGUGAGAAGUUGACUGAUGAUCCACCGAAUAUUCGUGGAUUCUGUGAAGCCUACGUGGAUGCUGACAAUAAGCUCAAAAACCGCAUUCCAUCUGAUCGCUCUUCGCAAAUCUCGAAGUUAAUUCAAGAGUGUCUAUUCUUUUGGCCGAUCACUCAUCUAUUUUGGGCGUGUUUUGUGAUGAAAUUGGGAUUAUUAAAGUACAAUUGUGGAGUUGAUAUGGAUGUUCAAGCACGUGAUCGAUUUGCAAUUUAUUAUCAUUUGAAGUUGAGAACAGUGAAAAUUUAUGAAGAAUUACGUAAAAAGUAG